AACGCAGUGCAACAGCGAUGAUGAUUGGCUAUACGUGUUGAAUACGACCAAUCGAAAAUGAUUCGACACUGACGCUCGCACCUGAUAACAUGGCUGACACGACACGGGUAGAUGUCAUCACAUUAUUCACGAAAUGUUCACUUGGUGAACUGAAUGCAUUAUGUCACACCAUAGCUGGAAAUAUAACCAGUCGACAACCACUAGAUUACAAUGCCUAUUCCAAAUUAUGGAGUUUGGAAGAGUGGUGGAAUGUCACUGAAAGUAUACAUUCACUGCUAAAGCUGAGUAUUAAGAAUCCGUGGACUAAAGACGAGAUUUUUGAAAAGCUUGGCACCCUGCCUGACGACUACAAACAAACAUUUAUGGAGGUGGUUAGUGUGCGUAGGGAGGACCUCCGAAAAAGUCUGCUUGCCUCAACAGCUGCUAUCUCACAGAAUGUAAUGGCAGACUUUGACUGGCAAAUGAAGCUGGUGAUGUCAAGCGAUAAGCUGUCCUCUCUCCACUCCCCACUCCUCAACCUUGACCUACAGGUGGCUGACUGCAAUAAUCAAAACAGAGUUGUCUCCCUUGAACUAGACAGAACUGACCUCAAGAAACUGAUCGCAUCAUUAGAGGGAGCUGGGAAGGCUGUGCAGCAAUUAUCCUCCUGAGGUCAGAUGAGAGGUCCCGCCAUCAUUCCAGAAGUCUUCAUCAAAUGCAUGGUCGUCAACUCACACUGAUGUUGAGACUCUCACUCAGUCUACAUGCCAUUCCACAUUGUAUUACUUGAGUAGAUCCUUCAUGAAGAGUUCAACAUGUCAUGUCUGGGAUGUGGAAAUGUGCAAUAUUCACCUGACUGUGUGUUUUGUUUGAUUGGUAUUUUAGAAUUUGAUGAAUAACAAGAAAGGUAGGAUACUUUAUGGAGGACAACUUCUUUAAUAAAUUACCAUGCAAUGUUUCGGUAUAGAUUGUCAAGCAAGAGUGACCGUAUAGACAAACCUUAAUGGAUAACAACUUUAUUUCACGAGUGGGACGUUUCGAUUCUUGUACCGUUGUCAAUCUGGAGCGAUGUACAACGGUACAAGAAUCUGUAUUGAAAUGUCACACUCACAAAGAGAGAAGUUGUUAUCUAUAAAGGCUUGUUUACAUUGUACUUCCAAAAUGACACACAAAGAACUUAAGACUGACUGUGUGUUACCAGCUGGUUAAUCUGAGAAUGUUUCAAAUCCAUCAACAUUGCAUAAUUUGAUCAGUGAUCCAAAUAUUCCCAUCCUUAAAAGCUGAAUCACACAUCUAUCAGAAUGAGGUUUUGUUAUAUGUACAUAGAGAGGAAGCAUGCUAUUUGAUGAAUGGUAAAUAAAUAUUUACUUACAAACAGUUGUCAACAUGGUCAAGUCAGUAUUAACUAAACCAACGCACCUCGUACAUUGUCAGACACAGCCACCAGUCUGAGACAAGUGGAAAUCCAUAGGCCUGGUAGGUUUCAUCCCAGAUGUAUAUACUUUGCAUAGACCACUUGUCUGAAAUUGUGAUUUGAAUAAACCAUUGGUGUCUACUAUGGUAUAAAUGUUACUGUUCGGUCACUAGUUAUUGCCUUGAUGAUGUAAUAAACUGCUAUAAUGUGA